CUGUCAUCGUGUGUACAUUGCUCCAAGUACACAUUUAUUCAAGAUGCGUUUAAGUUAUUUUCAGUUAAUAGUGGUAGCGUUGGCGUGUUUGAUUAUAAAUGUUGAAGGCUAUAAUGAAUGUAGAACUGAAUGUAAUGGACGCUGCCGUGCAAAUCAUUGCAAUAGGAAUGAACAGGAGUCAACUAAUCCUGACUGUGUCAAUGAGUGCGAUGAUCGCAAUCAUCGUCUGUGUUGUGUACCUGAUGUAGAUGAGCGGAAAUGUGAAGAUGAGUGUAAUGGUCAUUGUCGUGCUCAUAAAUGUAAUAAGGGAGAAACCCUGUCAUCUAAUCCAUUUUGCAUGAAGGACUGUAACGGUAGAAAUGAGGCGUGUUUGCUGCGUGGAAGAAGACAUAUGCGAUGUACAUGAGGCUGAUUCCGGAUGCGGUAGCCGAGUUACAAUCAGCGAAUCUCGCAUAGUGGGUGGACAAGAUGCACUACCUGGAGAAUGGCCAUGGCAAGCACAGUUAUAUUAUAUACCAGUAGGUAACGAGGUAUGUGGUGGAACCCUAGUUGGACCAAGACACGUUGUGUCAGCAGCUCAUUGCUUUGAUGACCCACCAUACCCAGAUGCCUGGAUUGUUCGUUUAGGAAGAUAUACAAGAGGCAACCCACCAAGUCCUGCUGACGACGAGUCAAUAGAAGUUGGCGUCCAAGAAAUCAUUCGACAUAAUGAGUUUUAUGGGAUACAAAAUAACGACAAUGAUAUCGCAUUGAUUAUUCUCGACCAAGAUGUCAGCACAACUGAUUUCAUUAACUAUGCUUGCCUUGAUGAUGACGUCACUUUCUAUGAGGACAGCUGUUGUUACAUUACUGGAUGGGGAACUUUAGAAUUCCUCGGAGAUCAGCCAAAUAUUCUACAGGAAGCAGUGGUUUCAAUUCUUUCCAAUGACACAUGCAUAGCCAGUUAUUGGUCUCCCCUUGUAACUGAAAACAUGGUAUGUGCUGGUUACCUCACUGGUGGAAUCGAUUCUUGUCAGGGUGAUUCUGGCGGUCCACUCGUCUGUAUUCACACAGAUGCGGACACUGGUAUUAGUCGUUGGCAUUUAGCGGGGAUAACCAGUUGGGGUUUUGGAUGUGCCUAUCCGGGUUACCCUGGAGUGUACACACGAGUGUCCAAGUACUAUGGAUGGUUGCAAGACCAUGGAGUGCCAUUCUAAGUUUGACUAUAACUCUUCGCUUCCUAUUGAUAUCAUUCAGACUUGUAUUAAAUGUUUAGAUUCAUAAUGUUUAUAACAUUUAACUCAAACGUGUGAAAAGUGUGAAAACUUGCUACGUCAAUAAACAAUAUCUAUUUUGUCAAACAGAUCAAAUACAAA